UCGUGACGGGAUUAGUUUAGUUUCCACUGAGCUUUUGUUUGCUUUCCAUGGCGAUGAUAUAAUAAAUCCUUCUUCUUUCUCCCACACCAUUUCACUUGCCCACUAAACAAAAUUGAUUCUUUUUACCCUUCUUAUACCCACGAAGGAUUCAUGAUUUCGUAAGCUCUACAGAUCUUCUGAAGAUGGCUCUGCAUUUGAGUUUGUCUCUGAUCUUCCGGAUUUACGCUAUUUUGUUGCUACUGAUCAAUGUCUCCUUCGCUAAAACACUUAAACGAGACGUGAAAGCGUUGAAUGAGAUAAAGAGGUUAGUUGGGUGGAGAGUGGUGUACUCUUGGGUUGGAGAUGAUCCUUGUGGAGAUAAACAUUUGCCUCCUUGGUCUGGAGUCACUUGUUCCACUGUUGGCAAUUACCGUGUCGUCGUCAAGCUAGAAGUGUUUUCAGUGUCGAUAGUUGGGAAAUUCCCAACGGCUGUAACGAGGCUCCUCGAUCUCACUGUUCUGGAUCUGCACAACAACAAAUUGACAGGACCUGUUCCUUCAGAAAUUGGGCGCCUUAAGCAUCUUAAGACACUGAAUUUGAGGUGGAAUAAACUUCAACAUGCUCUGCCUCCUGAAAUUGGUGGAUUGAAGAGUCUUACGUAUCUGUACCUGAGCUUUAACAACUUCAAAGGAGACAUCCCCAAAGAGCUUGCAAAUCUCCAUGAGCUCCAAGACCUACAUCUUCAGGAGAAUCAUUUUACUGGGCGGAUCCCGGCGGAGUUGGGAACAUUACAAAAACUUCGCCACUUGGAUGUUGGUAGCAAUCAAUUAGUGGGGAGUAUAAGCGAUCUUUUACGCAUACAAGGAUGCUUUCCCGCUCUUAGAAACCUGUUUCUAAACAAUAAUUACUUCACUGGUGAACUCCCAAACAAGCUUGCAAAUCUAACAAACCUGGAGAUGUACUUGUCUUUCAACAAACUGACUGGAGCAAUACCUUCUGCACUAGCCAAUAUACCAAGACUAACUAACUUGCACUUGGACCACAAUCUAUUUAGUGGGAGUAUCCCUGAAGCCUUCUACAAGCAUCCGAAUCUAAAAGAUAUGUCCAUAGAAGGGAACGCAUUCAAAACAGACGCGAAGGCGAUUGGUACACAUAAAGUCCUCAAACUUUCUGACACAGACAUCCUUGUUUAGUGCAUAUUACAACCGUGUUUCAUUUCAGAUAUUAAUUUGGCAGUGUAAUGAUUUAAUUUCUAUGUUACAGCAAUAUUUUGUACUUGAUGUGUUUUCUGAAUCUGAAAGAUUCCUUAUCCAUAUAUUAAAAUUGAAUGGAAAGCAAUCUAGUUUGUUCUUUUCACUGUCCUUUUGAGAAAGCAAAGAACCAUAAAGCUGAAGCGGGAAAAGAAAUAAAAAGUGUUCUUAACUUUACCUGCACACCUUUAUGAUCCAAAUAUGAAACUUGCAUGCAAAGCAAUAUUCUCAAAAACCCUUCAAAAACCAAAACCCUGAAACACAUCUAACCCCAACCUUCUCAAGUCCUCCCACCAUAUUUUAGUUUGAAAAUGGAUACCUUGAUCAAGCAGACAAGGAGGAGACAUCCAGCUUCCCAGGAAAAAAAUAGAGAGGUUGGUAGCUCCACUAGAGAGAAAAAAGUGCCGGCAAGGAAGUCUGUUUCAUUCAAAGAAG